UGUACACACAAUGCUGAUGGCUACUGUGGCCUGAUGUUUAGAAAUCCACCAUCUUGGGCUAUCCUGGGGAAGCUUCUAGUAGUGGGAAUGCUCCACCGUCAGCUCCUGCAUGCAAUCGAUAGCUUGUCAAUUGGACUGCAAGGCGUUGAAAUUUUAGGCUUCCACUCCAUGCCGUUUAUAUUUCAAACACCAUGAAAAAUCCACAGAUCACAGGGAUACACAUGACCGCACAUGACAGUGAUUCUCGCUGAUGGACAGCUUUCCGACAGGACCCUUGUGAAGCUGUGCAGCUAUGUGCUUAGCUUGAUGAAGCGAUGAAUUUUUUUUUUUCCUAAGACCGGAAGGGCCGUCUCGCACAGCCUCUGUGGAAAACAGCAGAUCUGUGUGACAUUCUCCCUACUUCCCGUCGAUAGACCGUAUUUGUUACACCACCGCGAAAUACCUAGUUGAUUGACAACUUUGCCGACUCGAAAAUCGCAUCCGCCGGAGUUAGAACUCAGUUUGAUUCGUUCCUCAACUCCGCUUGAAACAUCGGUGACAGCCCCCAACUUAGCCUCCAUGAUGGUUAACUACCUACAUGCAUAGUGUUUUCUAGGCCCCAAAGAAAAUGGCGUAUGAAUGAUGCGAGCUACUGUUCUCAAUCGAAUACGCUGGAACGACCCGCAUCCUUGGUCCGACUGCGAUGCUCCUGGGCUCAAGAGAAGGUCGCCGUCCGUAUGUUUGACGAAUUCAAGGCUGAUUUCGGAGUGAUUGAAGGCUCAAAGAGUGCUCGAUCCGGCGCAGCCACCAGGCUCGGAUCCACUCAAGAGGGGGGGCAUUGGGUUUGAAAUCGACGAUUCGUCCGAUGCGGCCUGUAGAUCGUCAUUAUGUUCUCAUUCCAUUAUGGGAGGAAUGCCUUCUGCUCGGUUUUAAUUUGCCAAAAGCUGGUAUGAACCCACAGCCAUUGCCAAGCUCACCGGAAAUUAAGCCUUGAUUUUUUGCUCUUUGACACCUCAACGCAUGCCCUCAACUGGCAUGGGUAUGGCGGCUGCGCACCAACAAGCCACAGCCCUAGGCAUGUGCAGCGAUUGACGUGAAGCCAAUUUCGCUGCAAAAGGCUAGAAUCUAGCUGCCGUUACGGAAUAUUUCCAUGGUUUGCAGAAAUAAUCUUUGGAAUAUCGUUGUUAACUAAAUGUACGGUCUUUCAUUAAACAAAACCACGCUGCGGAAUGUUG